AUGUCUUCCUCCUCGCUCUCCGUUCCGGACCCCAACCUCGAUACCGUCUCUCCCAAACGAAAGAGAAGCCCAGCAAACCCUCCUACGCCGCCUCUGUCGUCAUCACCAAGAUUCCGUGUCAGUACUCCAACGAAAAUUGACGAGCCUGAAGAGUCCAGCGAGAGUCGAGGUGGGAGUCCCCGGACAAAGGUGUCAAAUCAAUUCCAGAGCCUUCAAAUAGCAGACGGUGCUGUGUCGAAGCUGAAUCUAGAGGGGAAGGAAACAAACCAAUUCGGUAGUAAAUUCCACAUUGCAGGUGACGAUGAAAUGGGCAUGAGGAAGCGAUCAAAAACCGAGAUACCAGAGACCCCAGAUAUGCGAACAGCCAAGGCAACAACGCAAUCGAACCUCGAAAUCCGCCCUUUCAUAUUAUCCGAUGGCUUGACACCACAGCUAGUUAUACCAGAUAGCGAGGCUAAGGAGCGGCGGACGGAGAUGGAUCCAGUCAUAUUCAAGUCAGGAAGCCCACUGGGAAAACUGAAGGGGGCUGGAUUGAAAAGAGCAUAUCCAAGCAUCAAUAGACUGUCCGAUUCUAAAUCUAGAAGCCGAAAAUCUGGACGCGCAGGAACCCCUCCUCUACAAGCAUCCAAGGCAGAUAAUCUGGACCCAGAGGAGUUGCCUACGAUUGUGGAUCCCGAACGAGCAGCUCUGACCUGGCAUGAUGACGAAAUUACGGGCCAUGACCCCUCGGAUCCAGAGGACGACGGAGAGGGGAUUAAUGGGAUUGGAUUCAAGCCUACAGUACAGGAGGCACAUGCCAGAGCGCAAAAACGAAAGGCCCAAAUGGCGGAAUACAAAACGCGCGAGGCUAAGGAAGCAAGAGCUCGUCGAAAUGAGAGACGCAGGGGAAGCGAAAGAACUGAGCGCGAAGAAGCCAAAGAGCGAGCCAGGAGAGUAAGAUUUUUGGAAGCUGAGAAGAACGGUGUUGUCUUGUUCAGUUGA